AUGGUAGGGCAGUCGAUUUAAACGCGGCGCGGGGCUGGCUUCUUUGCUUUCUUCCACUGUGGGAUUAUUGUGUUUGUUUUUUUUACUGGUUGCGGGGCUGCUUAGGAGGGAAAGCAAAAGCCCCCCUGUCCUGGGUAGGUGGUGGGGCUUUGCGGGGAGGAGAAGAGAGGUCGCAUCCCGAAGUGUGGGAGAGAGGCAUUCCAGCUCUGAGAUUCAUGCACAGGCAGGUUGCUCCUUCUAGACUCCAGGGAGCUACAGAAGAAGGUGGUAGGAUCAGAGCAGAUCAAAGAAGACCAACCUGCAGCCAGGAGAAGGUGACAGAGCAUUGGGCAAGGAGUAACAGGAAGAAGGUGUAAGGGGUAGGGGAGAACUGUCUUGAAGACACAACUGGAGAAGAGAAGGCCUUUUCACAAUGGACAACCUGAACUACCAAGAAAAUGCACUUUCUGCUUCAAACCCACCACCCUACUCUGAAAAACAGCCCUACAGUCAGCAGCCACCACCUUCUUAUAUGCCAGCAAACCCUGCCAUGCCAUCUGGGUACCAGCCUUAUUAUUUCCCGUUCAAUGAAGUGCCCAGUUAUGGGUCUGUCACCCAGCCUCCACUGCACACCACCUUGGUCAUCCCCGAAGAACCUACCCUUGAACCAGAUCACCUGGAGUUUUCCAUCUUUACGAUGCUCUGUUGUUUCUUCCCUCUGGGAAUUGCAGCCCUGGUUUACUCCAUACGGACUCGGGAUGCCAACCGAAUGGGGAACAGCAUCGAGGCUCAGCGGAACUCCAGGAAGGCACAGAUCAUGGCCCACUUUGCCCUCGGCAUGGGGAUCGGUGAUUGA